UUUAAAGUUUAGGGUGCGUUUUUGUUGAGAAGUAGACAAAUAACUACAAGCCUCGCGCAGUCGGUUGUCUAAAAAUAAAAUACAUUGCAAAAGCUAUGGGUUUCACAAGUUGGUUGGUUUUUCUCUUCAUGAAAACUGUCGUAGCCAAAAGCAUCCUGGAAAACACUGCGUACUUUGAAGGCGACAUUAUUUUGACACCAUACGAACGAGAAAACAUUUACAAAAGUAAUAGGUUCGCUUCAACUAAAUCUCGAUGGCCAACCAAUGUUAUACCGUUCGAUAUUCAUCCCAGCUUUGGAAACGAUGCUGCAGCGUUGGCUAACCUAACCAUGGCGAUUAAUGAUUAUCAUAAAUACACGUGUUUACAAUUCAAACGUCGAACAGACGAAGUGACGUAUAUCUUAUUUUAUCAGGGACAAGGAUGCGGCGCCCCACUUGGUUAUCACACAGGACAGAACAGAAUCAGUUUACAAGGACCAGGCUGUUUUCAAAAAGGAGUGAUUAUUCAUGAAGUGAUGCAUAAUCUGGGCUUCUACCAUGAACAGUCACGCCCUGAUCGUGACAAGUACAUCAGAAUCUUGUGGAACAACAUCAACCCAAGUAAUAUGAAGGACAACUUUCUAAAGCGUACCUAUGACGAUGUUGAUUCGCUCGGCUCUCCGUAUGAUUAUCUCAGCAUCAUGCAUUACCCAAAAGAUGGAUUUGCUAAGCGAGGUACAAACACGAUUGAAACUUUAGAUCGCAGGUUUAUGGAUAAGAUUGGACAAAGAAAAGGUUUUAGCAAACUUGAUAUCCAGCAAGUAAAUAAAAUGUACAAAUGUGGAGGUACAACUCAAACUCCGAUAACAGCUAUCAAACCCCUUGGUUGCGUGGAUGUCUAUGACAGAUGCUCGUCUUACAAACGAUAUUGCAGCGCCUCAGCAUGGCAAUCGUUUUUGAGAAAAGAUUGUAAAAAGACAUGCGGCUUUUGUGGAGAUCAAGUACGACGUUGAAGAAAAGAUUUGACAGCAAACACCAUUGUUAAAUACACGUCAAGGCUUAACAUGUAUCAUCCAUAACAUAAAUAAGGCGUUUAUUGCAAA